AGCAAAAGCGGUGUAAGAAGAAGCAGAAGACGAAAAAAAUAUGUGCAAGCAAAUCUCGCGAAAGAAAAUGAAUUUUGCAGCACUUGCUGUGUUUGAAAUGUGAACCCCCAGUGUACAGCAGACAAAAGAGACAAUAAUCAGCAUUUUAGUGUACAUUUUGAGAGCUAGAACAGCCGCUUAAGCACGUAAAGAUGAAGCGAAAAUACGAAAAUUGCGUGCUGCAGCAGAAGCAGCAACAAAAACGCUAUUUGUUGUAGAUAUACAUAUGUAUAUAUAUACAUAUAUAUAUGUGCAAAUCUAUACAUAAUAAAGAAGAAUCCGGCCGAGAAUCGGAUGUGCGGAUAAUAAAUAAUAAUAACAAUAAUUAAUUCAAAGAAGGAACGCGCGCGAGCGAGAGAAAAGAGGCGAGUGAAAAAGAGGCGCGAAAAGUUGGCAACAAAAUGGUUGUCUCCAAAGACAACAACAACAAGCGUCGCCGCAAGGAGACGGAGACGCCCCCGCCGCCUCCGCCAGGUGGUACGCCCACCGCCUCCACAUUGGCGCCUCCUUCGGCAGUGGCGGCCAUCGAGUCCUCCCCAGAAAUGCCCAAAAGAACGAAGGUGCAGGCUCAGCGCAAGUUCGCCCAGGGUCAGAGUGCACCCAGCAGCUCGUCGAGCAACGCCUACAGCGCAGUAGCAGCGGCAACUGGAUCCGGAUCGGGGCCCAGCACCUCCGGAGCGGAUAGCUCUCAGCCGCCCAUCGAGAUCCUGCCCAACAAGUGCCCAAAGGCGCAGGACUUUCUCACCUUUCUCUGCUUUCGCGGCACUCCUGCGCUGCCCGCCCACCUGGACUUCCUCAAUCAGGGCAAGUCCAAGGAUUCGGAUGCCACGACGACGGGAGCCAACAAUAAUAACAAUGCAAAAAAGGCCAACAACAGUCGAGCGAGCUUGGCGGCAAACAAAAAGAAGCGUGGUCGUCCCGCCAAAGGAGCGGCAAAGAAAGUGGAUACGCCAGUUGCAGUUCCCGAGGCCACGGAGAAGACACCAACAGCAGAAAAAGCAGCCAGUGAUAAAAACCAUCUCAUUGCAGCCGGAGUCACGGAAACUCUGGCGCCAACUCCAACUCCUGUGCUGCCAGGAGCGGUACGCAAACGGGCGGAGGUUGUCACCGAUGGCAAUCGACGAGGAGCACGUGGCAGGGGAGCAGCCGGAUCAGUUGUGACUCCUGACAAGGCAAUAACAACAGCAGCAGCAUCGAACAACAAGCGCCGCUCGAAUCGAUCCACUGCUAAGGAGAGUAAACCCAUCAUAGACGAUGACCAGUCGGAGGAUCUCGACGAAGCCGAUGAGGAUGAGGAUGAGUUCUUCUCCGCUCACGAUGCCACUUCGCGCAAUGGCGAAGAGGUGAAGGUGGAUAGUCCUGUGAAAGCAGCAGAACCGACCAAAAGAGGACGUCCCUCGGCGGGCAAGAAAGCAGCAGCAGCAGCAGUGGAGCCCACACCCGAAUCCCAGACAGCUUCGAAGGACAAGGCACCAGUGAAGCGCGUAAGGCAACGGGAGUCGCCCAUAUUUAUACCCUCACCCGAGUCGUCGGGCCGCAUGACAAGACAGCGGGCUUUUUUCGAGCCAGUCAAGGUUCCUCCGCACAACGAGGAACCUGGCACCCCCGAGCCGCCAAAGGAAGAGCCCAAAAAGGAACCAGAACCGCCGCCAAACAAACCGGAUAAAGAGCCAGCCGAGCCUGCCAAGCAGAUUAAGGAAGCCAAGGAGAAGACGAAUUCCAGUAUUUAUGCCAAAGACGCCAAGCAGCAGCUGGAAAACGGAGACGGUCAACACGGUGCCGGUUCCAAGGGCAAGAAAAGCCUGAACGUCUUCGAUUUCAGUUCGGAUGACGAACAGCCGCUGGCCAAGUCAAUUAAGUUGAAGAAGGGCGGCAAGGGGGCGAGUCCCAAGAAGGGAGCGGCUGCUUCAGCUGCUCCUGCGGCCAGGAAUCGCAAGGCGGCAGCCAAAAAGCUCGAGAAGGAAAAGGAAAAAGAAGCCGAAAGGGAAAAGCAGCUGGAGAAAGAAAGGCUCAAGGAGAAGGAAAAGGAGCUAGAGAAGGAAAAGGCAAGGGAAAAAAAGGAAAAAGAAAAGGAGAAGGAAAAGGAAAAGGAACCUGUUCCAGAGAGCAAAGUAGAGGAACCGCCAAGUGGCGGGAAAAGAGGGAAAGCCGGUAAAAAGAAAGCCGAGGACACGCCAGCCGAUGAGCUUGAACUGGCGCCACCCUCAUCGAAGAAGGCCGCCACCAAUGCACGCGGAUCUCGGAAGACGGCGGCGAAGAGCAAGGCAUCGGAGGACUCCGCGGAGUUGGAGCCUCAGCGAACGCAACGUCCGUCCCGCAAAACCAAGGAAGCGGCAGCCAUUUACAUGGGCAUCAUUGGUCACAAACUGCAGCUGGCCGACGAUGAGGAGGAUGACCUUUCGAUGAGCAGCUUCCCGGACAUCCCAAAUGUCAAGGAGAUGGAGAAGAUGGAGAACGAAAUCAAACGCAAUGCGGCGGGAAAGUUAAACGUGCCGGAGGCCACGACGGUGUCUUCGGCAGGCAAAUCAUCCCGUAAGCCGUCGCCACGACCCAAGGAUUCCCCGGCAGCAGCAGCCGCAGAUCCGAUAGAAGCCACCGCUAAUGAUGCGUCCCCCUCUCCACCGGAAGCCCAGGAGGAGAAGCCACCGCCCCCCGCACGACGAGGUCGUCCGCCCAAGGCGGGCAGGGCAUCGGCUGCUGCCGCUCCACCGCCGCCCAAACCGCCCAUCGAGGGCAUGCUGGUGAAGAAGGGAGCGCUGGCCAAGAUGGCGGAGCAGCAGGCCAAGCCCAAAGCCAAGUCCGAACAUUCAAAAGUCGACUCCGACGAGGAGGAGGACUUUCUCAUCAACGAGGAGCUGAACGAAACGAAGCGCAAGCUGGAGAAGAGCUUCAGUGACUCCGAUGACGAGCCGUUGGCCAUCAAAGUUCCGGUGGUGGCAGCCAAAGAUAAGGAGGAGGUGACACCACCGAAGAUGCCCAGUCCACCGCCCAAAUUGGCGACAUUUCCGUCGGCCAUCACGGUGCCCACGCCCUUAGUUUCUUCGGUGGCUCCCUCGCUGGCGGUGACCACCAGCACACCACCGGCAACCACCGCUUGCACCACCCAAUUGACCAUGCUCCCGUUGACGGCCAAGGCCACGCCAACGCUGGGCAGCAUGCCCAUGUUUCCCUGCAUGCCGGCCAGUUAUUCACCGCUCAAAACCAUGGAGAAGAAGCCGCCGGUGCCGACGUCCAAGAUCCUAAAUGUGCCCGCCACCUAUGCGCUGCCCGGAAGUGCCAGCGGUGCAGUGGGUUUCCCGAAGACCUCCUCGUAUCUGCCGCAGGCAUCGCCCCACUAUCAUUCCGGCUAUGUGCGUCCACCACCGACGCCCACCCAUCAAUUUGGAGGCGGAGGAACUCCAUCGGGGAGUAAGACUCCCGCGCAGGGAACCUCGCCGCUGAAGUAUCAGACGCCACCGACCACCUAUCCGCCGCCCAUUGAGGCGUACCAGUGUCCCAAGAUCAAUCCGAACUUUCUGACGCCCAAGUACGAGCGGAGUCCACUGCCGAGAUCGUCGUCCAGCACCUUUCCCAGUCCGUCGCCGGUGAAGUUUAUGCCCACGUCGGGUACGAGCGCCACCACAGUGGGCACUCCUUCCUCGGCAACCAAGAGCCCGUUGGCACCGCCACCGCCGUCGCCGCCAGUCAGCCAGGUGGUCAUCCAGACGUCCAGCUUGAAUCUUAGCAUGAGUGUUGCCUCCACCGUGAACGCAGCUCCAAUGGCCGUGGCCUCCACUUCGUCGGCGGCGGCAGUGGCUCAUCAGCCGACAGUUGCAACCACGGUGACGGCCACCUCAACGCCACCACCGGCGCACAGCAACAGUGGAGGAGGAACUGCAGCAGGCGGAGCAGGUGCCAAUUCCGAUCCACUGAAGGACGAGAUUGGAAGCAUCUUGGCGCAGGCCACACUGAUGCCAAGCAAGGAGGAAUCGGGCAAGAUCUUUGGGAUUGCCAGCGUGAGUUUGGCCCAGAGUUCCGGACCGGACAACACCAAGUGCACCCUGGGCAAGUGUGGCUCCAUCCACAAGCCCGUGCUGGGACCAGUGGUGCCCACCGAGGGAUACUUUGGCGAUCAGUUGUCCAGCAAAGAGCGACGCAAGGCGAAGGUGAACAUGACCCACGAACAGAUCCAGAAGUGGCUCAUCGAAUGCUCCUCGAAUCCGGAUGAGAUCCAAGACGAUUUGGAUGACGAUUUCGAUGAUAGUCUGAGACCGCAGCAGUCCACCACUCCGCCACCGACGAGAGAUGACAAGGAUUUGAGUGCGAGCUUCAGUUCGUCGUCGAAGAAUACGCGCGGUGAUCUCGGCAAGAGUGAGAGCGCCUGGUCGGCGAAGGGACCAUCACUGAAGGCCACGCCCGUGCUGGUCACUCCGCCGAAUCGCAAGGAACACCUCGAGCUGGCCGAUGGCAAGGAUUGCGAUGCCCUGGAUUACGACAAAUCCUCGACGCCGGUAAAUCUCACCCAGAAACUGACAUCCAAUGAGCCGACGGCUGCCGAAAAGAGGAUCAACGAUCGAAAGGUCAAGGAGUCGAUCAAAGCCAUCGCAUCGAAGGCUGCGCCGCGAAGUGCAGCCACCACGCCUCCCACUCCCGUUUCGUCCACGCCCACUCCUGUUUCCCUAACGCCAUCCAAGAGCAGUCCCACUCCGCCACCGGCCGUCAAGCAAAAACCGGAGAAGGGCAAGAAAACUGCUGCUGCCUCUGGCGGUGCAGGUGCCACUUCGAUAGCUUCCCCGCCAGCGGCACCCACACCACCGAAUCCAAAGCGGACGCCGGUCUACAAUCAAAAGAACUCCAAAGCUCAACAGCCGCAGGCGGAGACCAAACCGGCUGCAAGUGCUCCAAGCGGUGGAGCAGGAUCCAAACGGGAAUCGGUUUAUGCCUUUGGCAAGGAGGAGGAAGCGGCCACCAAGCCGGGCAAUCGUCGGCGGGCGGAACCCAGUCCUGUUCCUACGCCAGCACCCGUUUCCAAUGCAUUAAGCGAGCGAUCUCCGACCAAGAAACGAGCUGCAGCCGCCGCGGCAGCCACUGCUGUCCAACUGACGCUGAGUCCCACGGAGAACUGCAAGAUCGAUGGCAAACCGAAGGCCACCACCGGACGAGGAGCCAAAAAGCAACAGCCGCAGGCUCCCGCUCCACCAACACCAGCACCGGCGGUGGAAGCCAGCGGAGAUUCGGAUGCAGAGGGUGCCACCUUCUACAUACCCCUGCAAGGAGCUGGAGUGGGCGGCAGUGGGGAUGGCGGCAUCCAAGGAGUGGCAGUUAAGCUGGGAAGAGAGGGACCCGACGGUCCCAACCAGAAGGUGGUGAUGCAGGCCACUCUGGUGACCAAGGCGCAGAUGGACACCAACUCGAAACCGCUGCCAGAAUCACUGAAUACCAACGAGCUGGUGAAAACGCUGCUCCAUGCGGCCAGCAAUGAUGCGGCCUCCACGACGACGAGCCUGAAGAGUUUGCCCAAGGCGAGCACUUCGGCAGCAGCGGGCGCAGGAGGAACUGCUGCUCCCGGCGCUUCCAGUUUGGUGCGUGUCAACUCGAACUCAUCGCUCUUCUCCGGUUCGGCCAAAUCCCGUACAGCUGCCCAGACCAGUUCCACGGCAGCGGCGGUGGCCAAGAAGUACAAGGAUGACACACCCAUCAAGAUGGCCAACAAUACGGCUUUCCCGCGCCACGACGAUCCCACCCAGAUGGUGGAGGCGCCCAUCUUCAGGCCCACGGAAAAGGAGUUCGCCGAUCCCAUUGAGUUCAUCGAACGGAUCACCCCGAUAGCGGCCAGGUUUGGGAUCUGUAAGAUCAUUCCGCCGGCCAGCUUCAAGCCGGAAUGCCGGAUAUCGGACGAGAUGCGCUUCACGGCGUACAAUCAGUAUGUGCACAAGAUGCUCCAUCGCUGGGGACCGAGUGCCAAGGAGCUGAGUGCGAUCAAGAAGUACCUGGCUACCCAGAGUAUCGUGAUGAAUCAUCCACCCUGGAUCGGUGGCAUGGAGGUGGAUCUGCCGCGUCUAUAUCACACUGUCCAGGAACUCGGUGGCCUAAAGGAGGUAAUCGAGAAGAAGAAGUGGGCGCGUGUGGCAGAGGAGAUGUGCAUACCCAAGCUGGCCCAGGAUCGGGUGACCAAACUGGACGACAUCUAUUGCAAGUACCUGUUGCCCUACGACACACUGUCGCCGGCGGAGCGCCAGAAGCUCUUCGACGAGGUGGAAGCGGAUUGGGCCAAGCGGGAAGCGCGAGCAAGACGGAAUGCGGAUCGCUUUGUGAACACGGAGAGCGUGUCCAACGAGGAGGACGACGUGAGCAGCGACGAGGACGAGGAGUCCGAGGAGGAGAUCGACGGCGUGUCCAUGGAGUGCAUUGUGAAGGGCAGGAGCAUGGCGCUCAGCCAGUUCUACAGGAUUGCCCGCAACACGAUGGCGCUGUGGUUCAAGAGCACCGAUCCCACCGUCAACGAAGUGGAGGCGGAGUUCUGGCGACAUGUGGCCGUCCGCGAUAGCCAUGUCUGCGUCCACUCGGGCUCCAUUGACAGCUCCGGUUGGGGUUAUGGUUUUCCUAGUCCUGGUCCCAAGGGCAAGGGUUCCAACUAUGCCAGGCAUCCGUGGAACCUCAAGGUGUUGACCAACAACUCGGGCUCCGUGCUGCGCUCCCUGGGUCCCGUCAUGGGCGUCACCGUUCCCACGCUCCACGUGGGCAUGCUCUUCUCCGCCUGCUGCUGGUACCGGGAUCCUCAUGGCCUGUCCUGGAUCGAGUACCUGCACACGGGCGCCUCCAAACUGUGGUACGGCAUUCCCGACGAUCAGAGUGCCAACUUCAGAGCGGCGCUGACCUCGUUGAUACCGACGCACUGCCAGAACAAGACGAUCUGGUUGCCCUGUGAUACGGUGAUGGUGCCACCGCACAUGCUCACGGAUCGCGGCGUCUCGCUGUGCCGCAUCGAGCAGAAGCCGGGCGAGUUCAUAGUGGUGUUCCCACGGGCCUACACCUCCAGUCUGGCCACCGGUUACGUGGUCUCCGAGAGCGUUUACUUCGCCACCAUGUCCUGGCUGGAUCUGGCCAAGGAUGAUUUCAGGGACAUCCAUGAGAGCUGUGAGCCGGCCAUGUUCUCGUUGGAGCAACUGCUGUUUGCUUUGGGCUAUGACCAGCGGGUAAAUUCCGAGGCUCUGCAUCAAAUGUUGCCCAUGCUCAACGAUGUUUGCGAAAAGGAAUCCGCUGCCAGAGAACAGCUUAGGGCUGCUGGCGUAACAUCCACCGAGAAAGUGCAGACGGAGAAGAACCAGAAGGCCAAGAAGCAGCCACAGCCGCCAUACAAGUCAAUCGAAAGCGAGUGCGAUCUGUGCCGCGCCAACCUGUACAUAUCGAUGGUGCGCACCGAGGAUGGCAACAUCUAUUGCCUGCAGCACGCGCUGAAGAACCUCAACAAUGGGAACAUCCAGGCCAAGCAAUGCAAGCUAAUCUACGCGUACAACGUGGAUGAUAUACAGCAGCUAAUCCGGCAACUGCAGGAGAAGAUUAACCACAAGGCAGUGGUAAAGAAAAAGUAGCAUCGUCGGCGUCGUUACUAAUCGGCGGCGCAAGACAGAUACAGACACAAACAGAGAUACAGAUAAGAAUACGGAUUAGGAAUCCCUCGCUGAUGUACAUAUUCAAAGAAAUGUGUAUACAUUUGUGAUUCGCCAUCGCUAGUGAGCAGCCUAACUGAUGAUUGGGUGAAAUAUAGUAAUGACUACGAGUUGAUCCAUGCACCUAUAAAUGCGGAAUGAAGAAUGGAGCGUUGGAACAGCGAGCCACAAAACACGGAUAUAUAUAUGUUUAUGCAACGUUUAUCUCCCAGUUGACUAACUGACACUAUUACUAACUGUAUGAUAAGAGCGAAGGAUCUGAUGUUGAUAGUAACUAUAACUAUUUACUAUUUCAACGUGGCAAUGCUUUCAAUUUUGACUAGUUGAUACACAUUAUGUCGAUAAGAAGUUUGCAAUGAUUUUUGUUUUCCAUUUGGUUUUUUUUGUUAUGCAAUAUGUACCCCCGAUCCCGAAAAAUGUUAUUAACCCUAUAUUUGUGUUAUUGUAUAUAGAGAGCAUAGUGUAUAUGUACGUAGUUAGCUUCGAAUUAAGUCAGACGAUCCCUCAAAGAAACCAUGCUAACGUGUUGCAAUUUCUACUACCUUUUAUACGCUAAGAUAACGAGUAAUUACCAUAGCAUCAUAGAACGAACACCAGAGCCCAGAUAUCCACAAUUCCCGCAUAGAGCAGUAGUUUUAACACUAACAAUAGCAACAAGGGACCGUCCCGGGAUGGAUCUCCGCCAAUAAACGAACUAGACGAAAGCCAGAGUUACUAUCGAUGACUGCAGUUGUGGCAAGGGCUAUAAAUAAAAUAUGUAAACCCAAACCAUACUGUUCAUUCAACCAAAAACGAUAAAGACGAAAAAUCCAUCAAGGACCGGCGAUUGCGAUUGCGUAAAUGAGAACUUUUCACUAGAUGUUCAAUGUAUUUAUAUAGUAGUAAUACAAUAUUUAAGUAACAAGUGCAACAAUAAAUCUUAACGCGAUAUAUCGAA